AUGGGAAAGGCAAGGGACAUCCGCCGCGGCAACGUCUGCGGUGACUCGAAGAACGACCCGCCCAAGGAGGCGGCGUCGUUCAAGGCCCAGGUCAUCGUCAUGAACCACCCCGGCCAGAUCGGCAACGGCUACGCGCCCGUCCUCGACUGCCACACGGCCCACAUUGCGUGCAAGUUCGACACGCUCCUCGAGAAGAUCGACCGCCGCUCGGGCAAGUCGGUCGAGGACCUGCCCAAGUUCAUCAAGUCGGGUGACGCUGCCAUCGUCAAGAUGGUUCCGUCGAAGCCGAUGUGCGUCGAGUCGUUCGCCGAGUACCCUCCCCUCGGUCGUUUCGCCGUCCGUGACAUGCGCCAGACCGUUGCCGUCGGUGUCAUCAAGGCGGUCGAGAAGACGGACGGAAAGGGUGGCAAGGUCACCAAGUCGGCCGAGAAGGCCGCUGGCAAGAAGAAGUAA